AAAAAUAAAAAACCCGCCAUUAUUAUUUUAUUAAUUAAGAAAGAAAAGGCAAAACAAUUAAAACAGCUAUAAUAAUAAGUAUAACGUUGGGGUAAUAAACCCCACCAUUUAUCCAUCCAACUCAAUUGUAACGGUCACAUUUGCCUCCCUUUUAAAGUAAUAAUAAACCCCCCUUGUUUACCCCUUUUGUCCUAAAUCCCCCACCAUUGCCAAUUUUCUUGACCGUUUCAAUCCAACGCUCCUCCUCCUUUGUCAUCAUGAGGGUUCUUGGCUAAUACCCUUUAUUUCUUUCUCCACCAUUCGUGGCUGGAACAGAAAUAGAAAACACACUCACACACACAGUGAAAUCAAGAUUUGAAUUGUUUUUGCUAAAAUGGGUUGUUUACUUGGGUGUUUUGGUGGUGAUAAGGACAAGAAACGCCGCAAAAAUAGGAAAAAAGUCAUUCCUCGAGACCAAAAACAUGUUUGUCAGGAUCCUCCGAGAAGCAUCAUCUCUACGGAACAAAGCAUCACGGAGGACCCCUCAGGGAACUUGCUUAGUCAAGCACAAGAUAGGCUUGAGGAGCAACUGAGCUUGAGUGCUAGAAAAAAAGUUACCUUUGAUUCUAAGGUUACUACAUAUGAACCUGUACUUUCAAUGUAUGAAAGUACAGAUUCUUUGCCUGAAACCAAGAAAUCUGGUGAAGACGAAAGAGAAGAGGGAUAUCUUGCUAAAUCAAGCCAGUCCAAAUCUUCCUCUGAAGAGGGUUCUGUCAUAUCUAGCGUUGGAUCGUAUCCUACAAACCACAGGUAUCAGAACUGCAGAGACAGUGAUGAUGAAGCUGAGGAGUUUGGUGAUAGUGACUUGGACGAAGAAUGUGAUCCGAAUGAUGAUGAAGAUUAUGGGGAUUCAGAUUGUGAAGGUGGAGAAGUGUUGUCUGAGCCAGUGGCAGCUGCUUCAUUUGGAUCUAAGGGUGGCCAGUCCUUUCAUCAAGUGAAAGAACAGGAAGUGGAUAGUCCUACUUUGAUGUUCGAUAUGCCUGAUAAGGAAAUGAGGAAGGGUGAAACAAACGGAUAUGUGAGGGAUAGGAGUGCUUACAUCCAUCCUGUGUUGAACCCUGUAGAGAACCUCAGUCAGUGGAAAAGUGUGAAAUCACACGCAGCAGAACCCUUGAAGCUGCUGCCACAGAAGGAAAAUGUUGCUGCAGAAGUAGAAGGGCCUCGUGCUUUGUUCAGUUUAGAACCGACAUUUAAGCAAUCAUCGUCGAGUUUCAAGCCAAAGCCUAAGGAUCAAGAUAUUAGAGUUGAUGCUAGUCUAUCAAAUUGGUUGGUUACACCUGAUAACACUCGUAAGAAGGCUGGUUUCAGUGUGCUUGAGACUGUUACAUCAGAAAAGAGCAUGUCACAAAGUUCUAACUCUGUGAUGAGCUUUGAAGACAGACCUAUUUUAGGUGCCUUGACAAUUGAGGAGCUGAAACAGCAUUCAGCAACUUCCUCUCCGAGGAAAUCACCCUGUCGGAGCCCUGAUGAGAUGCCUAUUAUAGGAACUGUUGGUACCUACUGGAAUCCCUUAGGGUCUGCAAAAGGCUCUGGAUCAGCUUCUUCUUUUAAAGGCAUACCAAACUCGACCAGCAAGUACAGGGAGGAUAAGAGAGUUAAUUGGCACUCUACUCCAUUUGAGGCAAGAUUGGACAAAGCCUUACAAGGUGCUGCGGAAGCCUCUCUAGCUUGAUUGAUUUUUGUAUAUCAAACUGGCACAGCUGUUUAUCAAGCGAGUGAGACUCUUCUUGUUACUAUUAUGUGUGCUUACAUUUCUAUAGUUCACGGAUUUUUCGUGCGUAUUAUGGGAAAACUGUUUGUUGUGUAAGUUUUUGUAACUAUGGUAAGUGGUGAUGCAGUGAACUUAUUAAUUGCUUGACUUUCUUGGUUUCCCCUACAAA